AUGACUGAAUUUUAUAGUUUGGAAUUGAUUGCAUAUUGGAUGGCACAUGGAAUCCUUGAUCAAUCUCGUGAUCAUGGGAAUAUGGACUUGGAAGAGAUCGGAGAGCUAUAUUUUAAGGAUUUAUGGGCGAGAUCCUUCUUUCAAAAUGUUAUUGAGUGUAUGACUUUCUACAUAUUUGAUAUUCAUGAUCUUAUCCAUGAUCUUUUACAAUCAGUUGCACAAGGUGAGUGUUUUACAGUGAAGUCUGCAAACACCAAAGACAUAUAUGAAAAUGUUAGACAUUUGACAUUUUUGGAAGCUAGCCAAAAUGUUUCAACAACCUUGCAAAAGUUGAACAAAGUGCGGACUGUAGCAGCAGACAAAAUAGACAUUGAUGAAUCUUUCCUUCACACUUGCUUUUCAAGAUUCAAGUAUUUGCGAGUGGUUGAGUUACCUGGAUGUUCAUUACAAGUGUUGCCAAGUUCCAUUGGUUCCGUGAAACAUUUGAGAUAUCUGAACUCGAGUGUGAAUGAAGCAAUAACGAAACUCCCUAAUGCAAUUUGCAGACUGCAGAGCUUGCAAACUCUAAUGCUUGAGGGAUGUGUGAAUCUUGAAGAGUUUCCCCGAGAUAUAAGCAAAUUGAUCAGCCUCACAACACUUGAAUUAACCACAAAACAAACAAGUUUUUCAGAGAAUGGGGUGGGAUGCUUGAAAUCACUUCAAUUUCUUAGUAUUGUCAAGUAUAGUAAUUUAACCUCUUUGCCGUGUGAAAUGAGCUAUCUAGCUUCCUUACGGACUCUGGUGCUACAUAAAUGUGAACAAUUGGAUUUGGCGAACGUAAACUAUCAAGGAACUCCACUGAGGCUUCAAAAAUUGUUUAUUCAAGAUGUACCCGGGAUGGUGGCAUUGCCUGAAUGGUUUCAAGGAGCGGCUAACACCCUUCAAUUCUUGCUUAUUGAAACGUGUGAGAAUUUGGAGGCAUUACCUGAGUGGUUGGCAAGUUUCACAUCACUCACAAAGUUGAUCAUUUUGGAAUGUCCGAAAUUGUCGACUCUUCCAGAGGGAAUGUGUUCUCUUACCUCCUUAAGAGAACUUGUGAUUGAUGAUUGCCCUGAAUUGGAGAGGGGAUGCCAGAGCGACAUUGGAGAAGAUUGGCCCAAGAUUUCUCAUGUGCCUCAUGUUUCCUUACACUGGUUCAAUUGA